AUGCUUGUCACGGCCGACGACCAGGUCAAAGCCUACAUUAAGAAGAUCAUGUCGCAGCUCAACAAGUGGAUGAUUGGAGGGAAGAUAUCCAAGCUUGUCGUGGUCAUCACGAGCAAGGAGACGGGGGAGCAUGUGGAGAGAUGGGAAUUCAACUCAUCUCAGAAGGGACCUUCGCGGAAGACUGUGGAUAAAGAGAAUGCCGGUCCAGGAGAUGUGGACCAUGCAGCGCCAACGCAGGAAAAGACAGAGAAAGAGAUUCAGGAAGAGAUCCAGGCAAUCUUCCGACAGAUCACGGCGUCUGUGACCUUCCUUCCCGUUCUCGACGGGGACUGCACCUUCAACGUCCUCGUCUAUGCCGAUGCUGAUUCGGAGGUGCCCGUCGAAUGGGGCGACAGCGACCCGAAGGAGAUCAAGAACGGCGAGAAGGUGCAGCUGAGGAGUUUCAGCACGAACAAUCAUCGGGUGGACACGCUUGUCAGCUACAGGCUUGCUGAUUGA